AUGGAUCAACCAUCAACGUCUGCAAACAAACAGGUAAUAUUUGCAGUUAAAGAUAAUAAUGACAAAGAUAUCAAUUGUACUAGUACUACUGGAAGCUUAUUAUCUAACGAUUUUGAAAGUGGCGAGGAAAAUAUAGGAAAUAGCGACAUAGAUGAAAAAUGUACUUCAAAAACAAGCUUCAUUUGCUUUGAACAGAAUUGUGAACAGUCUUUUCGGUUUGCUAAAGCUUUGCGUCAACAUUUAACAAUUUGCCAUGGCAUUUUAUUUUCAAAACAAGUUCUGAAAUUCCAAACAGUAGAAGAAUUUAAGGAUUGGAAAAACAGUUAUGAAGCUCUAGAAGAUAUAAAUUUUGUUAAAAAAAAUGGUGAAAAAGAGUGUAUUGAUAAUGAGCACAAACAGUAUUUUUAUUGUCACCGUAGUGGUUUCCACACUGUAAAAAGUGAAAAUAUUAGAAUGAAUGCAAAGUCAAAGAAAAUUGGGUUCUCUUGUACUUGUACAAUGACAGUAACUUUAAAAAAUGAUGGAAUCUUAUCUGUUGAGCUUUUCCCACAACAUUAUGGUCACCAACAAAAUAUAGGUUUGUUAUACUUAACAAAAAAUGAAAAACAAAUGAUAGCAUCAAAACUGGAACAAAAAGUUAGUAUUGAUGAAAUUCUUAAAGGCAUUCAAGAUAAAUUACUAACAUCUCUUAAGCCUAGUAGAUUUCAUUUAGUUAACAGACAGGAUAUAUAUAAUAUUCAAAGUGCAAUGAAACUUUGUGAUUUUAAAAGGCAUGAAAAUGAUGCAACUAGUGUUGCCCUUCUUUUGAAUGAGUUGUCAAAUGAUGAAAUGAGUAACCCUGUUCUAGGUUACAAGUUUCAAGGUACUGAAGCAACAGGGAAAUUCAAAGAUUUAAAUACAGAUGAUGUUUUUUUUGCUUUGCAACAUCCAAUUCAGCUAGCAAUGUUAAAAACUUUUGGAAAACGUAUUGUGUGUGUUGAUUCAACACAUGGUACUAAUAAAUAUAAAUUUAAUUUAAUAACAUUAUUAGUUGUAGAUGAAUAUGAUGAGGGUUUCCCAGUAGCCUUUUGUAUUUGCAAUCGAGAAGAUAAAUCAGUGCUAAAGAUUUUUUUUUCACUUAUUAAAGGAAAAAUUUUGGAAAAUUUUACCCCUAAAAUUUUUAUGUCAGAUGACGCUCCUGCAUUCUACAAUGCAUGGGUAGACAUUUUUGGUGCAGGACCAAAGAAACUGCUUUGUGCAUGGCAUGUAGAAAAAGCAAUCCGAGUAAAAAUACAAGCAUUAAUCAAAGAUAAGGAACUUGCAUGUCAAGUGUAUAAAUCUGUUAUAGUUUUACUUCGUGAAAAAGAUGAAAGAAAAUUUCAGAUAAUUUUUAAGCAUUUAUCAUGUAUGUUUGAUUCAGAUGACAAUGUAUCAUUAUUUGGCAAAUAUUUUUUAAGUACGUACAGUCACCGUUUGACAGAAAUUGCUGCCUGUUACAGACUAAAUGCAGGCAUUAAUACAAAUAUGCAUAUUGAAGCAUUUCAUAGAGAUUUUAAAUACAACUUCCUCAAAGCUAAAGUAAAUCACCGCCUAGAUAGUUGUCUUUACCAAAUUUUUGAAUAUGUGAAAACUAAAGCAAUUGCUAGAUUGACAAAAUUAGAAAGAGGAAAAAUUUCAAAUAAAAUUAAAUGUAUUUCUAAUCGGCAUAAGAAUAGUCUUGAUAUGAAUUUCAAUUCUGUGAAAGAAAUAGAAGAUAAAUCAUUAUAUUCUGUUAAAAGUUCAAAAUCAGAACACAAUUAUAUAGUUAGCAUUAAUGACUUUACUUGCGAGUGUCACAUAAAAUGUAUUUUAUGCAACGUAUGCAUUCAUGCUGUAAAUUGUUCUUGUUUAGACUUUUUGAUACGGAAUGUUAUAUGCAAACAUAUUCAUUUGGUUGUGCGGAAAAUUGGUUCAAAAAGUGAUUUACUACAUUCAAAUAAUAAUACAGUAGAAAUGCCAUCUUCAAAUGAAAAUAUAUUGCCAUUUUCAAAUAAAAAUGCAAAUGAGUUAAAUACAGCCGGAAUAUUUAAUUCAUUAAAAUCUCAUAAUCCUGAAACAGAUAUAAGUGAGACAGAGCUGAUGUUGGAAAAAAUUAAACAACAAAUAUGUAAUUUAAAUUCUCACAGAAAAAGGGAAGUCAUUGGGGAGGUAAAUUCAAUGUUAAAAAAUAUAAGUGAAUUUCUGACAUUACAAUCUGAAAGUUGCCAUUUAUCUACGGAUCACGAGAAGAAAGGAAAUUUAUCCAGAGGUCAUUUUUGUACAAAAAAAAAAUAA